CCAUCAGCCUCACCGUGUUCCUCUCGUGCAUGGCCGCUCGCUCCUUCCAGCUCCUCUGCAUCUUCAAGCUCCCCGCCCGCUGGCCGCUGUACGAGGCAUGGCUCCGGCUCCGGUGCUGUCCGUGGCCGGCACCGCGCUGUGCCGGGCGGCGCUGGAGGCCGCCAGCCCCUCGGUGCCCGCCGGGUACCGUGAGCCCUGGUGCCUGCGGGGGCUCUGCUGCCCCUCGGGGGCUCCGCCGCCUGCUCUGUGCCGCUGCUCGGCGGCUUCUUCCUCCCCGAGGCAUUCACCAUCCUCCUGCGGCCUCACCGCAACACGGCCGAGCGCUUCCAGGCCUGACCGGGGCCGGUCGCGUCACAUCCGGUGCGCUGCCAUGGCGGCGGCCGCGGCGCACAGCGUCCGUGUGCUGCGGGAGCUGAACCGGCUGCGGGCCGCGGGGCUGUUCUGCGACGCCACACUGGGGGUGGGCGGCCGGGAGUUCCGUGCGCACUGGCCGGUGCUCGCCAGCUGCUCCCGGUUCUUCCGCGCCCGCGGCCCCGGCGGCCCCGUGGCGCUGCCCGACGGCCUGGCCGACACCUUCCAGCUGCUGCUCGACUUCUUCUACACCGGGCGCCUGGCGCUGACCGCGCACAACCGCAGCCGCCUGCAGGCCGCGGCCGAGCAGCUCGGUGUGCCCGACGCCGUGGCUCUGUGCCGGGCCUUCCGCCCCGCCGCGCCCCGGCAGCGGCCCCGCCGAGCCCCGGUGCCGUCCGGGCCUGUGGGCACCCCCCCGGCACCGGAGGAGGCGGCGGACGGCGGCGGAGGUCGGGGGGGCACCGAGGCCGCACCGGAGCAGAAGGCGCUGCGGGGCACCGGGAGCCCCCCCCCGGGCGGCAGCGGGACGGGAGCGGCGGCGCCCGUGGAGUGCCCCACGUGUCACAAAACGUUCCUCAGCAAGUACUACCUGAAGGUGCACAACAGGAAACACACUGGAGAGAAGCCAUUUGAGUGUUCCAAGUGUGGCAAAUGUUACUUUAGGAAGGAGAACCUCCAGGAACACGAAGCCAGGAACUGCAUGAACCGAUCAGAGCAGGCGUUCACGUGUUCAGUCUGCCAGGAGGUGUUCAAGAGGCGCGUGGAGCUGCGGCUGCACAUGGUGUCACACACAGGGGACAUGCCAUACAAGUGCUCCUCCUGUGCCCAGCAGUUCAUGCAGAAGAAGGACCUGCAGAGCCACAUGAUAAAGCUGCACGGUGCCCCAAAGCCCCAUGCGUGCUCGACCUGCUCCAAGUGCUUUCUGUCUCGGACAGAGCUGCGCCUGCACGAGGCCUUCAAGCACCGCGGAGAGAAGCUGUUUGUGUGCGAGGAGUGUGGGCACAGGGCCUCGAGCCGCAAUGGGCUGCAGAUGCACAUCAAGGCCAAGCACAGGAACGAGCGGCCCUACGUGUGUGAGUUCUGCCACCAUGCCUUCACCCAGAAAGCCAACCUCAACAUGCACCUGCGCACGCACACGGGCGAGAAGCCCUUCCAGUGCCACCUGUGUGGCAAGACCUUCAGGACACAAGCGAGCCUGGACAAGCACAACCGGACCCACACCGGGGAGCGCCCGUUUGGCUGUGAGUUCUGCGAGCAGCGCUUCACCGAGAAGGGGCCUCUGCUGCGGCACGUGGCCAGCCGGCACCAGGAGGGGCGGCCCCACUUCUGCCAGAUCUGCAGCAAGACCUUCAAAGCCGUCGAGCAGCUCCGCGUCCACGUCCGCCGGCACAGGGGCAUGAGGAAGUUCGAGUGCACCGAGUGUGGAUACAAGUUCACGCGGCAGGCUCACCUGCGGCGCCACAUGGAGAUCCAUGACCGCGUGGAGAACUACAACCCGCGGCAGCGGAAGCUGCGGAACCUGGUGAUCGAGGACGAGAAGGCCGUGGUGCUGGCGCUGCAGCCGCCACCGGAGCCGGACGUGGGCUCGGCAGAGGUGAUCGCCGAGUCCCUGUCCCGUGGUGCUCUGCCCGAGGACGUCCCUGUGCAGAGACUCUGCUCCAACGAGCACCUCUCCCCCGCGGCUGUGAUGGAGCCGGCGCUGAUCAUAACCACAGUGCCCGAGGGCUGUGGCACAUAGCAGCACCGGAGCGCAGGGAAGGGAGGGCUGGAGCUGCCCUCGGCCAUGUCUGUUCUGGAGCUGCGCAUCUGUUCCCCUUCCCUGCGCAUCUCCCACUGCAGGCUGCGGGAGGGAAGCUCUAAUCCAGUGUUGGAUGAAGCUGCUCCGUGUGGCUCCUUAAUAAACACACACACAGGGUGUGAGGUGGGAGCCGUGGGGGCUCUGUGUGUGUAACACUGACAACUGGCUUCCUAUGGGAUCUCCUUGCGGCCGGACGGGUGGCUGCCUGCCGUUCACCCCUUGCCUUUGAGCUCCUGAUUAAAGCUCACCUUCCCCAGAGCACAGCUCUGCCCCUUGAACACUUCCCAAAGGAUUUGUCUCCUCCUUAGCCCUGUCCCUUCUUCACUUCCUUCUGUUGCACUCCUGGUAACUGCUGUUUCUUUGCCCCACUGAAGGCAAGGCAUGCCUGGCAUCCUCUCACCAGAUAGCUGAGCUGAUGGUGAACAUGAAACACGUUAUCUGAAGGAGCUGGAGCCGCCAGCGCUCCAUGCUCCUGUGCUGAGGGGUGGGGAUGUCUCUUUGGAACACCAGGAUCGCUGGGACACUGAGAACUACAUCCCUGGAUGGGGGAAGUUCAUUGGAUGUACCCACAAUCCCAGCCACGCUCUCCUCUUGCCCACAGCCCAAGUCUCCAGUUUAAACAGUGGGCCUGGAAUGAGGAUUCCAGUAAAACCCCACAGCAACCAUCGUCCCCUCAAGGCAACCGAGAGGUUCAUGUGAGGUGUUUUAUUUAAACCUAUGACAAUAAAAAUACAUUAUCUGUACCGGGGAUGCCUUUGUUUCAAAGGACAGUGUUAAAACUGCACUCCAAGA